CUUCAAACGUUUGAAACACACACCUAUUCCACUCUCCCCCACCCCAUAUCAGAAAAGGAAUUUGAGACGAUUUGGGAGUGAAGGUGCACCAAAGUGCACUGCAGAUUGAAUUAGCUAGUUGGUGCUGUCCUCCACGAGCUUGAUUUCUGUGACAACUCUCGACUAACGGAAAGAUACCGCAACAUCCAUUGUCCCCGGGCACUGAUUAUCCAGGCAUCACCCCUACUGAUAGCCUCCAGCAGCUUGAUGAGAAAGGGGGAUUAGAGGGAAGUAACUUUGAAUUAUCUAAAGCAUGAGUACUUCAACUAUCUCACUUAAAACAUUUCAACAGCAGAUCAGUGCUUGAGGAACAGCUCACAUUUUGCUACAGAUCCACUUGGCCGUCGUCCAGGAACACAGGAGGAGAUAGACUACGCCGGCCAACUCCUCAUCCACCCACAUACCAUCCCACAUUCUCUCUCUGUGCUGAGAUGUGCUCAGCACAGCAUUGUUGAAGCUGACCUCAGCUCAGUGCCCUCCUUUCCCUCCCUUUUCUCCUCUUCUACUACUAUACUAUUUAUUUCUACAGACCCAAAUUGGGGUGCUAGGGGAGGUUGAGGCUCUGGAGUGUAUGGAGCUUUGACUUCAGAGGACAUGAGGCCCUGCUGCUGACAGCUAGAGACGCCCCCGAUGCUCUGUCAUUCCCUGGCUUGAUGUUUGUGCCUGUGGUGCACAGCUCACAGCCCCUUCACCCAUCACGGCGGCCAUUGGGAGACCAGCCCACCCCCACCUUCGUGCUGACGCUAUGCCCACUGAGACACUGCAGCCUGACGGCAAGUCCGCCAGCCAGGGGGCAGCCUACGCCUCAGCCGUACCACUACGCAUCCUCAACAAAGGGCCUGACUACUUCCGCAGGCAGACUGAGCCCAACCCCAAACGUCUGAGUGCUGUAGAACGGCUUGAGGCUGACAAGGCCAAGUACGUCAAGAGUCAGGAAGUGAUAAACGCCAAGCAGGAACCGAUCAAGCCCUCUGUCUUGGCUAAACCGCCAGUUUGCCCUGCACCUGUCAAGCGGAGCUCCGGUGGUGGUGGUGGUGGUGGUAUGAGCAGCACCAGCCUCAAGGCCUCAAACAACAACGCCAAAUCAGACACCUGUGCCACCACCGCCAAGCGAGAGAACCUCAACUUGGAGAUCCUCAAGAACAUCCUUAACAGCUCUUCAUCGUCUGAUGGUCCUCCUGUCAGAGGAAUGGCUGCCCACAAACCUGGCAGCCGAAGUUGGGCUCCACAUCGAGACUCAACGGAGUCCUCUGAGUUUGGCCGACGAUCCUUUGCUGAGUCACUGAAAGUCCCAGGGACAUCGUUGGGUGCUUUGCAGGGGAGGCGUAGUCCCCAGCAAGGGGGAAACUUAAACCUGAGUCGGCGUUUGCUGGAAGAACAAGCGGAGGGGCAGCGUUGCUCGCUUCUGCAUGCCUCUCAUAGCUCCUCGGACAUUCGCCGCCUCUGCAAUGGAAAGCCAGUGCACACAGCCUGUAGCAGUAGCAGCUCUGCCCCACCGCUACCCCCAAACCCAGACCCCAGGCCCUGGCUGGUUGUGACAAUGUGCAGCUCCACAGAGAGGGAAUCUCUCCCACUCCCUCUAGCCACCACUAAUACAGACUUGGAGCUGGAGCUUGGCAGCUCUGUUGCCCGCCGGCCCUCCCUUCAUCGCUCCAAGUCAGAUCUGAGUGACCGCUAUGCUCGGGCCGGUGCUGAUGUGGAACGUUUCUUCAACUACUGCGGGCUGGACCCUGAAGAGCUGGAGAGUGUAGGUGUGGAGAGCUUUGCUCGUGCCAACUCUGAUAUUGUCUCACUCAACUUCCGCAGUGCCAGCAUGAUCAGCUCUGACUGUGAUCAGUCACGGCACAGUAACGAGGACCUGACAGAUGAGGAGGAGGAUGGUGCUGGUGACCGUGUGCCCUAUGGCAUCUCGGCUGUGGAGCGCAACGCCCGUGUCAUUAAAUGGCUCUAUAGUAUAAAGCAAGCACGAGAGUCUCAGAAGGUCUCUCACGUCUGAGGAGACACUGAACCUUUUUCCAGACUUCAGACUUUGACCUUUACUUUAUUUGUGUUUUUGGCAAUCUUGGGCACUGUCCUUGAACCUCCAGGUGGGGUUAAUCAAAAAAGCCCUUAUAAAAGUUUGACUGCUGUUACAUUUGGUUGCUUAUAUGUGCAUUCAGUGCAUUUGUUGUCCUUUGAAUCUGCAUGGUUCUUUAACAACCUCCAACUCCUUCAUGUGUGGCCUGGUAAUGCAGCUGAUUUAGGUCAACCAAAACACAAGACCUGUAAAAAUGGCUCCUUCUUUCUGCCAUUAAUCUUCAAUGCAGCAAUUAUUUCCUUUCUCUUUACAGAUAUUUCCUUUUGGGUUUUGUAUAACUCAAAUUUAGUCUGACAAUGGCAGGUCUGUAUUAGGUACAUUGCUCAUUUUCAUGAUUCCAGCACACUGAGCCAAUGAAGCCAUAUCAGUGUGAAUGCAAAGCUGCAGUGUGUUUCUUGAUUAUUCUGUCCUUUUUCACUUGUUGGGAAUCUCUCAUCUCCGAUCUAUAUAGACUGUGUGUAUAUGGGAAUGCACUGCGCAUAAUUGACUGCAAAAAGCAUGUUUCAGCUUCAUGCUCUGAUCCUGUGCUCUUUGCUGCACUCAGUCUGUGUUGUGCCCACAGCUACCACUUCAGUUACAUUGAGACCCAUUUAUCUUAUGUGCUUUACUUUUUCACACUUUGUUGCCCAUAAUAUUUCCUAUGAAGGACUGUUUUUGUGGUACUUUUUUUUUCUGAAUGUUGUACAUGCUGUAAGAACAUGUAUAUAAUUUCAGCAUUGUUUGGAAGGAGAAAUGUCUGAAGAGUAACUUGCUAUGUUCAAUCCAUAGCUCUCAAUCUGUCUCUUAUGUCAUUUUUGGUGUGUUUGAAUAUGAUCACAAUCAAAUCUGUGUAACACUGUUAUAAGAAUGACAUGUUGUGUAUAUUCAAACUGGAGUUGUGGCUUUAAAAAAAAAGUCAUCAAGAAUUGCUCAUGAUUAGUUAUGUUCCAAUAAAUGGCUAAUUUUGCCAUCUUUUGCCAUCUGAA